CUUGUUGGCGUCAAAAAGAAGAUGAGUCCUAAUAAUCUGAUUGACCAUGCAAUUGAUGAAAAACCGGAGUUUAAAGCCAAAUAUCUAGUUUCAAAUAAUGCUGAGACAGAAGCAAAGCUAAAGAACUCAGGGAAAAAUGUGCAGGUUGAUGCUGAAGAAGGGAUGAUUGAUCCAUAUUGUCAAAGAAUAUGUGAUUUGCCGGACGAUAUGCUAUUGGAGAUCUUACUCCACGUCCCGACCAAAAAUGCAGUAACCACUGAGAUCUUGUCUAAACGAUGGCGUCAUGUCUGGAAGAUGCUGGACAAACUCGACUUCAAAGACGACCAAGGCAGCGAGAGCUUUGGGCGGUUUAUUGACAAGUCACUGCAACUCCAUGAGGCACCAAAACUAGCAAGUCUUGUUGUCGAACUGGGUCCAACUACGUGUCCUGUUGACGUGGACGUCAAAAAGUGGGUUGACAAGGCAGUUAAACACGGUGUGAGAGAGUUAGAUUUCAAGCUUCUUUGGACGCCAGGAAAGCCCACAAGCCUCUCUGAGAGCCUUUACACAUGCGACACACUCGUGUCUUUAACUCUAUCAGACCAGAUCCUCGUAGACGUUUCUUUCCCAGCUACCAUGCCGUCUCUCUUGAACCUAUCUCUUUUGUACGUGGAGUACAAAGACGAAGACUCUGUUGCUAGGCUUUUAUCAAGUUGCCCUCUUCUCUUCAAACUGGUGGUUGCACGACUUGAUGAGGACAGCUUAACAAACUUCACCGUGAAAGUGCCUUCAUUGAAAAGAUUAAUUUAUAAGACUAGAUUUCACAAUGAAGAGGAGGUUGAAGAGGAGGAGGAGGAGGAGGAGGAGGAGGAGGAAUAUUACAUAAAGACGUUGGUGAUAGAUUGCCCUGCAUUAACACAAUUAAGAUUAUUUGACAAUAGGGCAGACUAUUGUAGUUUGACAGAGAAUAUGUUUUGCCUUGAUGAGGUAUUCAUCCCAUAUGUUCCUAACCCUGAUGAAAAGUUUCUGACAUGUCUUUCUUCUACCACACGUCUGUACUUGGAUUUCUCCUUAUCAAUGGUUACGUGUAAUACCGCCUUUAAGUUCUCUCGGCUCAUAGAAUUAUACUUUCUCAUACAAGAUCCAGUAGAUUGGAUGGAACCAUUUAUUUGUUUGCUUCAAAACUCUCCUAAACUGAAAGCUCUUUCUAUCGUCACCGCUGGAUGUCGUCCAUUUUCGUGUUACUGGAACCAGCCGAGUACUACUCCCAGAUGCUUAUCGUUUCAGCUAGAGACUUUUAAGUGGAUAGAUUAUGGAGGAAAAGAAGACGAGAAACAACUAGUGACAUACAUUCUGGCUAACUCAAACUGCCUAAAGACGGUGGACAUCCAGCUCAUACCAACUUGCAAUCUUGAAGAGUGUCGAAAGGAGUUAGAAUCUAUUCCUAGGAUUUCACCAUCAUCUCGGCUUCUUUAUUCCCUUGAGAUGCCUGAAGAAUUUAGCUGGACGGUUUAGAAUUAGAUAAUUUUUUGAAUGAUCUUUUUUUCUUUGAAGAAGAAUAUUAAAUUUAUUCACUAAAAAAAAAACUUCUUACAAUAUGUGUAACACGUGAUUUAGCACUUUUGAAAUAUAGAAAUUAGCGAAAAGGAAGAAAACAGAGGACAUCUCUGCAAACCAACUGCAGAGCUUCUUCUGCCAAACCAGGCCGCCAUGGCCUUAUCAAAUCGAUGACCCCCAUCUCCAGUGAGUGACGAUAUUUUUAUUUCAAACCACUUUAUCAUGCUGAAGUCUGAUGCGCUUCACCAUCUCACCUUGUUUUUUUCUUUUA